AUGGCGUCCGAUGUAACAAGUUUAAGACAACGUUUAUCGACACUCGUCGAUACAAUUACUCGAGAUAUUGAAAUAGCCGAGACAAAUCGAAAUUUGGGGACAAAACAUCGCUUAGAACAAGAUCUUAUACAAGCAAAUCAACUGGCGCGUGAAUUAGAAGGUCAAGAUAUACUCUACGGACGAGAAUUCAAACAACGAAUUGAUACUCUUCGUCAAAGAUUAGAUAAUUUGAGUCGAACUCCUGUCUAUGGUGCAUGGAACUCGGGCUAUGAUCAAGAAGUUGAUAGACUAGGUCAUGAACAACGCGAUCUUCUCUUACGUGGUCAUGGAUCACUGUUGCGUACAGGCGAUACAUUGAAAACAUCCCAUCACAUAGCAAGUGAAACUGAACAACUUGGACAUGAAAUAAUGAAUGAUUUAACAACACAACGAGAAACUUUACUAAGAGUUCAAGAUAAGUUAUUUUAUCGUGAAUAUCCAUUGAUGGAAUUAAGUGAUGAUGCAUGCAAACGUAUUCAAGAAUUUUUAUAUAAAAUUUUAUUAUUUAUGCUUAAAAAAUAUCCACAACGUGCUGAUCUUGAACGAUGGUUAUAUGUAAUAUAUCCAGAAGCUCAGUAUGCAUUAAGUAGAGAAAAUAAUCCAAGAAAACGAACAUUUCCAGUUGAUCAACUACAAAUUCUUAUUCAAAAGGAAUUUGGUUUAUUUGAAAUGGAUAUCAGUUAUAUGACAACAGCUUUAGAAUAUUUUACAAAAGAUUUAUUAAAACUUGCUCACAAUUAUGUUAAUCGUUUAAUGAAAAGUGAAAUAAGUGGUGAAGAUAUUUCGAUUGUUAUGAAUGCUGAUUCGAUAUUUGUUGAUAUUGUUCGUUUGGAUCCUACAACAUCCUCGCCAUCGAAUUCAAUAACAGACUCACCCAUUGAACACAAUGAUGGUGGUAGAGAAUAUAAUUCAUAUAGUGAACUUGUUCGACAUUUUAUUGUAACAGAAACACAAUAUAAAGAUGAUAUUGAAAUGUUAAUCAAACUAUUUCGAAAUCCAAUUAGAAAAUCUUUUAAUGGUGAUAAUGAUGACGAUGAUGAUGAUGAACUUAUUGAUUCUGUAUUUGGAUGUUUGGAUGAUAUAUAUGAAUUGACAAGUCGUCUACUAUCCGAUCUCGAAGAUGCCAAAGAAAUGAAAGAUGAUGAUGCUAAUAUAUCACUCUAUGAACCAUUUCAAAAUUUUAUUGAGGGUAACGAAUUUGAAUGUUAUUCAAAAUAUACUCAAACAGUAUUAUCAACAAAUCAUCAAGAGUAUCUUAAAAAAUUACUGGAUGAUGAGAAUGUAAACAAUUAUUUAGAAAAAAAAUCUGAUCAAUUCAAAGAAACUUGUCGAUAUUUAUUACCUGAACUAUUACAAAUACCUAUUCAUCAUUUUCAACGAUAUAUAACAUGUUUAGAAAAAAUGGCCAAUUGUAAUGAAAAAGAAGCGGCUUAUCUAAUAGAUAUAUUAAGUGUUUUAAGAAGAAAUAAUGGGAAAAAACAAAAUUAUAUGAAAAUGGAAUUAAGUAUACAUUCAUUUACAAUGCCAACAAAAUUUUUAUCUGAUUCUGGUGAUAAUUUAAAAUUAAAUUGGAAAAAUUCUAUUGAAAAUUGGGAUAUACGUGAUUCAUGUCAUCAAAAUUAUUUAAAAGAUAGUGAUUUAAAACAGAUUAAAAUUGAGACACAAGCAAAUGGUGCUAGAGAACGACGAGCAUUAUUAUUUUCCACAAUGUUAUGUUUAUGUAAACGUACAAAUUCGGGUGAUAAAUGGAAAUUAAAAGAAAAAAUAUGGUUAAGAAAAUUUGAUAUUAUUGAUCGAACAGAUUUAGCUGAUCAUCAUCAUUUGUUUGAAAUACGUAGUCAAGAACGUUCAUAUUUAUUAGCUGCUCGAUCAGAUCAAGAAAAAUCACGAUGGAUGUGUUUACUAUUGUAUAUAAGAAAUAAAAGUAUUUUACAACGUGAAUUGUACAAUAUAAGAGUAAAUGAAUAUGCUCAACAAGUAUUAUUAAAACCAGAUCCAUCCUACAAAUUUAUUGUGCCUGAUUCACCGUCAAAUAUUUUAAUUGAAUAUACUCCCUCGUCAACUGAUCCAACAUCGUUUACAAUUCGUGGUGCUACCCAAGAAAAAUUAAUUGAAUAUUUAACACAUCAUCAAUUAUUACAUCCUCGAUUUGUUAAAUCAUUUCUAAUGACAUAUAAAGCAUUUUGUACACCAAAACAAUUAUUAGAUUUACUCAUUGAUAGAUACAAUAUACCAGAGCCAAGAAUAACAUUAACAUCAUCAAAUAAUGAAGAUUAUUUACAACAACAUGAACAAAUAAAAAAAUUUAAAAAAGAAUAUGUACAACCAGUUAAAUUACGUGUUUUAAAUGUUAUUCGUCAGUGGGUUGAUAAAUAUUUUAUUGAUCUAAUUGAAUCGGAUGAAAAUAUUCUUGAACAAUUAAAACAAUUUUUAAAUCAAAUUCUUGACACUGGUGGUUUAUAUAAAUUUAAAACAAGUAUUAUCAAACUUGUCGAUAAACAGAUUCUUGAAUAUCAUCAAAAUGCCAAUAAAGAGAUACAGAAGCCAAUGGAUAUUGAUCAACAAAUCGAAGAUCUGGAUGUUUUUGCUUAUGAUCUCAAAGAGUUAGCUGAUCAAAUAACGUUCAUAUGUUCAGCAUAUUUUCGUGCUAUAACGUCACAAGAAUUAUUAUAUCGUUUACCGAAUUAUUCUAAUUUACAAAACUAUAUGAAAUUUUUGGAUAAAGUGCUUGGUUUUUGGUGUAAAUGUUCAAUAUUAGAAACAUCAAAUUUGGAUGAACGUGUAGCCGUUGCAGAACGUUUUAUUCAAAUAGCACAAAGAACUUAUGAGAAAAAGAAUUUUGCUGCGGUAUUUGCUAUAAUAUUUGGUGGCAUAACAGAUUUAGAAAGAUCAUUACCGCAUACAUGGGAUAGAAUUUGUAAACAGAGUAAACAAUUUGUGGCAUUUGUUGAUGAUAUGCUUGGAGAAGAUUCACAUUUUAAAUUAUACUUUGAAAAAUUACGACAAUGUGCAUUGCCUGUGGUACCAUUUAUUGCUAAUAAUCAAACUCGUAUAUCUCAAAUGAAAGAAACUCAUAAUACCAUUUUAACAUCAAAUGGUGAAAAAUUAAUUAAUUUUCGUAAAUUUCAACAAAUUGGUGAACAUUUAUCAGAAAUUCAACAGUAUCAGAAUAUGCCAUAUGAUAUUAUUGAAAAUGUCGAAAUACAAAAAGCUCUCAAACGUCUGAAUCCAAUGAAAAAUUAUUCGGAUGAAACGUCAUUUCAGAAUUAUUUAAUGACAUUAAAAGAACGAAUAGAACCACACGAUUUACCACUAAAAGUUUUUCCUUAUAAUCGUGCACCAGAAAAAUGGCGAACACCGAGUCGUGUAGCACGUCUAAUGAUGGUUUCAACAUCAUCUAUAAACAGUUAUCAUCGAAUUGGCAAUAGUACAGAUGACGAUCAUCAAAAAUCAUCCACCGCAGCUCAACAUCGAAAACGUGCCAGUGUCGAACUGACAAUUCAAACAUUACCUCGACAAUGUAGCUGUGAUGAUAGUAGAAAAUCGUCGUCUUCAUCUCCAAGCGCAAACGUAUUUUUUGCAUUUGACAAUUCAGUGUGUGCGAAUAAUGACGAAGUUAUUGGAGAAAAACAGUCAAUAACAACAACAACUAGUACUGAACGACAAAAAUCAGAAGAAAAGAUGUUAUUUUCAACACCACCUCCUCCCCUCCCGCCACGUGUACCAAAACCAUUUUUAAAAAUUUCUGAUAUUAAUAAAUAA